CGGAGCGUGUGCGGCCGGGGAAGCCAUUGCCUGGUUAAUAGUUGCUGUUGCUGCACUUCCGCUUCUCUCCCAGUGAGAGCGAGACACGAGUGGCCAGGCCCAGUCGCAGCCGCAGCAGCAGCCGCGGCGGCGGCACGGAGCAGCCAGACACAAAGAGAGGGGCCGUUCGCGGGGUGGGGUGGGGGGUUCGCUAUGUCGGAUGACGAUUCGAGGGCCAGCACCAGCUCCUCGUCAUCUUCGUCCUCCAACCAGCAAACCGAGAAAGAAGGCAGCACCCCCAAGAAGAAGGAGAGUAAAGUCAGCAUGAGCAAAAAUUCGAAGCUCCUCUCCACCAGCGCUAAGAGGAUCCAGAAGGAGCUGGCAGACAUCACUUUAGACCCUCCACCAAACUGCAGUGCUGGUCCCAAGGGUGACAACAUCUAUGAGUGGAGAUCAACCAUUCUGGGUCCUCCAGGGUCUGUGUAUGAAGGUGGAGUAUUCUUCCUUGACAUUACUUUUACCCCAGAGUAUCCUUUCAAGCCUCCAAAGGUUACAUUUCGUACAAGAAUUUAUCACUGUAAUAUUAAUAGCCAAGGAGUUAUUUGCUUGGACAUAUUGAAAGACAACUGGAGCCCAGCACUAACCAUCUCGAAAGUCCUCCUUUCUAUCUGCUCACUCCUUACAGACUGCAACCCUGCCGACCCUUUGGUGGGAAGUAUUGCCACUCAGUACAUGACCAACAGAGCAGAGCACGACAGAAUGGCCAGACAGUGGACCAAGAGAUACGCUACAUAAACUGGGUUUUCAGUCUGUCACAGAAGAGAGCUGCUUAUGAUUUUGAAAGGGUGGGGGUGGGAGUUGGUAAAGAGUAGGCUAUUUCUAUAUCAGAUAUUAUUCAGUCUUACUUCCCAGGAUUUUGUUGUAACUUAAGGUAUCUUGCUACAGUAGACAAACUGGUAAUAGCGACUUUUAGAGCUGAAACUUUGCAAGAUUAGCUGACUUUUAGUACAAAAGAAAGCAUGUGUAGAUACUUGUGUUCCAUUGAUCAGCUUAAAUUUGUAUAGGUACAUGUCAUUUAUGUAAAGUCCUAUUUUCUUGUUAAAAAAAAAAUGGAAUUUGUUUUUCCUUCUUAAAAGGAAACAAUGGUAUUUAACAAGUUUGCAAAGAUGAGUUUGUUACCUCGUAUAUGUAAAAUGGACACCUGGCUACAAGACACCAUGUAGUUAAUGUAUUUUAUCUUAUAUGCAAAUUACUUCAAGGGUUGAAUCACGAUUUGUGGAAACCUGUAGUGAAAUACCUUAAGCUGUUAACUGUAAGUGUGGAAUAGGAAUUGUUCAGUCAAUUGGUUUAGACUUCUUAUGUCUGCAUUUGUGCUAAUAAACAAUAUUAAGAACAA